CAUAGCGUCUAAGCCCAUGAAUCAUGUAUAGGCUGUGAAAGCAAACUAAAUAUAAUCCUCCAGUCUUCUUUCCAUUUAUCACCCAGUCCUACGGAUUGGGCGCAAGUUUUUAGAUUCCAGUUAACAGUCACCACAAAACUGUAUUUAAAGGCAUGAAUUUCGCUCUCAUUUUCAAUAUCGAGCUCAGAUUUGGGUGGCAUUCCUGAAAUGGGAAGGAUGGAAUCAAUAGAUGAUGAUUAUGACUAUCUCUUCAAGAUUGUGCUGGUGGGUGACAGUGGCGUUGGCAAAACAAACCUGUUAACAAGAUUUACUGUGAACAGGUUCAGAAUCGAUUCCAAAUCUACUGUUGGUGUUGAGUUUGCCACAAAAACUGUCAAGCUUGACCAUGGAAAAAUUAUCAAGGGUCAAUUUUGGGACACUGCAGGUCAAGAAAGGUAUCAAGCUAUAACAAAGGCCUAUUACAGAGGAUCUGCAGGUGCCCUACUGGUAUAUGAUAUAACCAGACCUACCACCUUUGAGAAUGUGGGGAGAUGGCUGAAUGCAUUGAGAAGUGAGUCAGAGGAAAUGAUCAUCAUGCUAGUGGGGAACAAGUCUGACCUUCAUCAUAUCAGGAAGGUUUCAACUGAGGAAGGGAGGGAUUUGGCAGAAAGAGAACACCUGUAUUUUGCAGAGACAUCAGCCUUGGAGCCCAUUAAUGUUGAGCUUGCAUUUACAGAGGUUCUUACUAAAGCCCACCAGAAGGCAGUGGGAAUAAAAUCCUUGGGCUGGAAUGGUGAAAAUGACGCAAAUUUUCCAAGGAUAGGGGAGCCCAUAAAUCUUGGCACCAUUAAAGUUGAUGAACAUGAGCUACCAGUAGCCAGAAAAGGUAGAUGUUGCAGUGAACUGUGAUACAGUUUGAUAUUAGCAGAGUUUGGAUUUGUAGUGUCAAUAGAAAUUUAGUUUAGAUAUCUCACAUCACAUGAUGAUGAGAACUUGAGAAGUCUAAUGCUCAACACACUGAACAUCUGUUCAUAUAAAGUUUAUUCUCCACUUUUGCUUAGACAACAUUUAGUCGUAAAAUCUUUAAGAUUUUUUAUUUAUUUUUUGGUGAAUAUUAUUGUUAAUUGUAUAGGA